AUGUACGAAAUCCGCGCGCCAGAUCUGGCUGUCGAUACAGGAUCUGCGCUGGCCAGUAAAGCCGGGACUUUUGCGACCGCCUUCGAGUACACCGACCGGCCAACAACCCCCACCGCAACUCGACAGCGCGGCCGGGUACACAGCGUUUCGCAGGACCCUGACCGCUGGAAUUCUUCCCCGUUAAAGAAAAUGGCCACCGGCUAUGCCGCCGCCAGCCCGGAACCCCCGGCGCUGUUCGUCCGGGCCAUGUACGAUUACGAUGCCGACGACCACACGAGCCUGAGCUUCCGCCGCGGCGACAUUAUCCAGGUCCUCAAUCAGUUGGAAACCGGGUGGUGGGACGGUGUCAUCGACAACACUCGCGGCUGGUUUCCGAGUAACUACUGCCAGAUUAUCAGUGAGGCGGACGAUUUUGGCGAGCACUUGAUACACGGCCACGACGAUGCAGAUCUUAGCGCAGACUCGGGACUCGAAGAUGAUUACGGCAACGGACACGAAGAAGAUGACGAGCUGGACUCUGAAGGCAACCCGCGCGACUCGAUGCCCAUCCUCCCCAUCGAGGGCAUUCCCGCGCCCAAGGAGCAGGAAGAGGCGGCGUUUUGGAUCCCGCAGGCAACCCCCGAUGGUCGUCUGUUUUACUUCAAUACUCUAACUGGAUACUCCACGAUGGAGCUGCCUUUCGAGAACCCGGCUACGAGCGAGGCUGGGCCCCGAGAUCGCAACAACUUCUUCGUCCCUGACCAGACUCGUCCACCUCCUGAGUUGAUGGCGCGCGGCUUCGAGCGGGACGAGGAUGACUACGAUGGCUCUGCAUCGGAGGCGGAAGGAGAGUCGCUGAUGCUGGCCUCGCAUGAUUCGAUGUCUCGCCGCCGCCAGUCGUUUAUGGAUGGACUGUCUCCUGCUACCUCGAUGGAUUCCUUGUACCCCCCUGGACCGAAGGACUUCAAGCCCUCAUCAAUGAACAAGAGCCCUCAACCGUCCAUCAGCACAAACAGUGCGAAUACCUCUGUUGCCGAAAUCAUUCCUCCCCGGCCGUCCAUUUCCUCCAGUACCCCUUCACACUUUGUGGACGAUGGAUUGACGCCGCCCGUCACCUGGCCCCAGCUUGUCGACAACAUGCAAUAUGCAGUUGAAGCUUAUCGCCAGACCCUCCUUGCUGGAGAACGCUCCGAGUACGUCAGAAAGGCCGAGGAUAUCUCCGACCAUUUGCGCAUGCUCCUGGCUGCCGGAUCCGACACCACCGACAAUCACUCGGGGAAUCCGUCCAUCAUUUCCACCAAUAAGGCGCUCUAUCCUUACUUCCGGGAUAUGAUGUCCAAAUUCUCCAAGCUGGUGCUUUCGUCGCAUAUCGCAGCCGCUGAUUGGCCGGGAUCUGACUCGGUCAAUAAAUGUCUGCAAGAGGCCGAUGGAGUCAUGCAAGGAGUGUAUGGCUAUGUCGACGUCGCCCGACACCAGCGAGGCGAAGGUAUCCGCCGUAUUGUUCCUGGUUUCGUCGGAGGUAGCUUCUGCGGUGGAAGUUGGCAGAACAACGGUGUCUCUUUGAACUCCUCAGGCCCGACCUCGUUCCUCGUUCCCGAAGGUGGUGACGCACGUGCUGAGCCUUCGGUAUCUCUCGACUCGGCCCUUCUGGACCACAUUGACGUUCUUCGGAGAUCCUUUGUGGGCAGCAUCCGCCUUUUGGAAGAGCAGUUGAAAUCAAACCGGAAGAUCAUCACUUUUGCGGAACAUGGAGAGUUUUCAGAUGCUAUUUCAGCUGCUGCGAUCAAGGUGGUGGAGCAGUUCCGCCCGUGGGUUGUAACGAUCGAGUCAAUCAAUCUUGUCCCACUCGGAACAAGCUUCCAGAACCCGCAACUGGUUGAUUUCAGUUUGCAAAAGCAACGCGUCUAUGAUGGAAUUGGUGACUUUAUCCUGAGCUGCCAGGCAGUAUCGGCCCCCCUAGCUGAUGAAUGGGCGGAGCUACGUGGUGAUUCACUCGACGAUCGGAUCACGGCUGUGCGAAGUGUGGCCAAACAGCUGGAGAACUAUGUCUCACAGAUUGGGUUCUCACUGUCAUUACUUCUCGAGCAGAUCCCUGAAGAACACACCUCCAUCCUGAGAAGCGAUAGCCGCUUGGAGGAAGAGGAUGAGUCGCAGAAGAGUACUCAUAGCCGUGGAGAAUCCCAAGCUAAGAUCGCUAAUGAGUCCAUUGGUAUCCCGUCUUCCUAUGCACUUGGCAAGGGGACUGAAAAGGUACGACGCAACAUGGACAAGGCCCAGAGGUUCUUCGGCCAAGCACCCCCGGCAACUGUCACUCGUGAGCCACAGGUUCAGGAACCAGUAAGGGAGCCUGAAGAGACUCCGUGGUUCUUGAAGAUGGACCAUGAGGGUGAGGUGUUCUAUGAUACCAAGUCAGACACGCCGAUUCUCAAGUGCGGCACUCUAGCUGGCUUGGUCGAACACCUUACGCGUCACGACAAGCUUGAUGCAUCGUUCAACGGCACCUUCCUCCUCACCUAUCGUUCCUUUACCACUGCAUCCGAACUUUUUGAAAUGCUUGUGCACCGCUUCAAUAUCCAGCCUCCAUUUGGUCUGAAUACCGAUGAUAUGCAAAUGUGGAUUGAUCGCAAACAAAAGCCUAUUCGAUUCCGCGUGGUCAACAUUCUCAAGAGUUGGUUCGAUCAUUUCUGGAUGGAGCCUUACGAUGAAGUGAACAUGGAUCUCUUGCGACGUGUACAUGCAUUCACCAAGGAUUCUAUCGCCACUACCAAAACCCCCGGUGUUCCAACACUGCUUGCUGUGAUUGAUCAGCGUCUCCGUGGUCAGGACAUCACUGCUAAGCGUCUGGUUCCCACACAGAACACUCCUGCGCCGCCACCGAUCAUCCCGAAGAACAUGAAGAAGCUCAAGUUCCUCGAUAUUGAUCCCACGGAGUUUGCUCGCCAGUUGACUAUUAUUGAGUCUCGCCUCUAUUCCAAGAUUCGGCCUACAGAGUGUCUGAACAAAACAUGGCAGAAGAAGGUUGGCCCUGAUGAGCCAGAGCCGGCUCCGAACGUCAAGGCCUUGAUUCUACAUUCGAACCAGCUGACCAACUGGGUCGCCGAAAUGAUCUUGACACAAAAUGAUGUUAAGAAGCGUGUGGUUGUUAUCAAGCACUUUGUUAAUGUCGCUGAGAGGUGCCGCACCCUAAACAAUUAUUCUACCCUGACUUCUAUUAUUUCGGCUCUUGGAACUGCACCCAUUCAUCGGCUGGGCCGAACAUGGGGCCAGGUCAGUGGUCGCACCUCUGCUAUUUUGGAGCAGAUGCGCCGACUGAUGGCGAGCACCAAGAACUUUGGCGAGUACCGUGAGACUUUGCACCUUGCGAACCCUCCAUGUAUUCCCUUCUUUGGCGUUUAUCUCACGGAUUUGACCUUCAUUGAGGAUGGUAUCCCCUCACUUACCCCGUCCGAGUUGAUUAACUUCAACAAGCGGGCCAAGACCGCCGAAGUCAUCCGCGAUAUCCAGCAGUAUCAGAACGUGCCCUACCUCCUCCAACCCGUCGGCGAACUCCAAGACUACAUCCUCAGUAACCUCCAGGCCGCAGGCGAUGUCCACGACAUGUAUGACCGAAGUCUCGAGAUCGAGCCUAGGGAGCGCGAGGACGAAAAGAUUGCAAGGUAUGCUGAAUCUUCAACCAAGGACAAAGGCUCCAUGUUCUUUGCAAACACCAUCGCGAUUCUGCGAUGA